AUGAGAUUUGAGUGUCACGCGAAUUUGAUUAAAAUAAUUCAGGACAAAUCGAUUGAUGAAUUAUGCACACUGGAGCAACAAAUUAUUGAUAAGAUCAGAUCGAAUAGUGGUAAUAAAGGAUAUUGGCAGGAACUUCAUGAUCAGCUGAGAGUGCACAUUGCGAGAAAGCGGACUCGCGAAUUCCACGGCAAAAUGCUUAGAUUGAAACUGGCGCGAAUUCGCGAGGAGCAGAUGAAGGAGGUUGAAGCUAGCGGUGUGAAACCGUCGGCGUCGAAGACGCAGAUUCUCAAGAAGGAGGAGUUCGAGGAGGAGGUUGAUGAUGAUGAGGAGAAUAAUGAAAAGCUGUCGAAGAAAGUUCGAAGGAAGGUUGAUUUAAGCGCUCUUGAGGAUCCGGAGCUUGAUGAUGAGCGGAGGGAGCAUAGAUGGCGAGCGUUGACUGCUGAGCAACUGGAAGAAGCGACCUUAGAAUUGUAUAAGGUGGGAUGCUACAGUCCGCCGUACAAUGAGAUUGACGACACCAUGCCAGGAAUCGAGAUUAUUGAUGCUCAAACGGAUACUGAAAUGCUCAUGGAGCAGAGGGAGAAAAAUCGGAAGAAGCCUGAUGGUGUGGUUGAUGAAGAUGAAGCCAAGCGGAUUGCGAUCGCCAAAAAAGGAAUGGAAGGAGACGAGGCGACGUUCUCGGUUGAGCAAGAAUUGGAAACACAGAAGCAUUUGUGGUCCGACAAGUAUCGGCCGCGCAAGCCGACGUAUCUCAAUCGGGUACAAACAGGAUUCGACUGGAAUAAAUACAAUCAGACGCAUUAUGAUAUGGAUAAUCCGCCGCCAAAAAUUGUGCAAGGCUAUAAAUUCAAUAUUUUCUACCCGGAUCUCCUUGAUCAUACCAAGACGCCGACGUUCACGGUGACGCCAUGCGAUGAUCGGGACUUUGCAGUGGUCCGAUUCAAAGCCGGACCUCCUUAUGAGGACAUUGCGUUCAAGAUUGUGAACCGCGAAUGGGAAAUUCUUCACAAAAAUGGCUAUAAAUGUCAAUUCCAGAACGGUGUAUUCCAAUUAUGGUUCACUUUCAAGAAAUAUCGCUAUAGACGAUAA